AUGACUUUUCGUGGAGUUGGAGCGCUCAAACCCCUAGGCGCGAAGAUGAAAUCCGUGGAAACAUCAAGUAAAGGAACAUCUCCCCAGGAGUUAUCUCCUGCCCCGCAAAAACAAGUUUCAUGCGAAGAAAAUUUCGACCAAAUGAUGAUUGACAUACAGACUAUGCCUGUCAAUCAAGUUAUAGAAAGUGCUCUUGCAAAAAUAAUGAAUGUUUCAAAUGUCGUUUUAUGGUUAGUUUAUGAAAAUGAAAAAAGAUUUUAUUCACCAACACUUUCUAAAUCUAUUCCAUUUGAAAAAAGCUUAGUAGGAUACUGUUAUCAAAUGCACUUAAUCCAAGUUACUGAAAAUCAAUCUUCUCACUCGGCAUACGAUGAAGAAUUUGAUUCAGUUGGAAUUCCUGCAACCAACCCUGUGAUCAUAUUCCCUGUUACUAAUAGAGCAGAUAAGAUCAUUGCAAUCAUCGAACUUUCAAGAAAAGAGCCAAUUUUCACUGAACAAGAACAACAAAUUGUUUCUUACUACCAAUCAAAGUUCCGCAUUUAUUCAAGAUACUUAUUCGAGAAAAUGCCAUCCCUUUCAACAGCAAAAGAUUUAGUUGGUAUUGAUUAUCUCUCAAAAGUUGUUACAAAGCUGGAAUCAGCCCUUUGUCAUUUCUUCAAUGCAAACUAUGCAGACUUCUAUCUGAUGAAGACAAAGGAUAAAGUAUUUUUGCAUUUCGAAAAGAACAAUGAUAACCCAACAAUCAUCAACGAAGAGAACUUAGGCGUCAUCGGGUAUGCGCUAACAGAAAAUUACAUAGUAAAUGAGCCCCAAUUGAAAGCUCAUAAGAGGUACAAUGAAAAUGUUGAUAAUUAUGGCGAUCAAAGCGCCCUCAUUGUCCCAUAUGUUCAAGAAGAUGGGAAAGUAUGGGGUAUAGCACUACACGGUCGUGUUAAAACAAACGGAUAUACUAAAUUAGAUGAAAAUUUAUUAUUAUCUCUUGCCCCGUUCGCCGUGAAGAGUUUAAGUACAUCUCUUCAUCCACCACCAGAUCUUCCUCAGCUUGAUGACUUCGAAAAGCGUCUUGCAGCUCUUCUUGAAAUUGCUCAAGCCUUAUCUGGAGUUUUAGAUAUCGAAACUCUUAUUCCAACCAUUAUGGAACGUGCUUGCAACUUACUUCAUGCAGAAAGAUGCUCUCUUUUCCUUGUAGAUAAAGGAAAACAGUCUUUGGUCACUCAUUUCCAGUCAGGACUUGACAAAGCCCUUACAAUUCCACUUACCCGUGGCAUUGUUGGUCACACUGCGAUCACAGGUAACGUUGUUAACAUCAAAGACGCGUAUUCCGACACAAGAUUUGACAGAACAAUCGACCAAACAACUGGAUUCAGAACCGUUUCACUUCUUACAGUCCCUAUUUACAAUAACCGAGGCGAAAUUACCGGAGUUACCGAGAUGAUCAACAAACUUGACGGAGAAGGCUUCACAGAAGACGAUGUCCGUAUGAUGCAUCCAUUUAAUGUCUUCUGUGGUACAUCUUUAGAUAAUGCUAAGCUCUACAAGGCCUCAAUCGACUUGACAAAACAAUUGAGGACAUUAACAAAAAUGUCGGCAGUUUUAGGCCAAGGAACACAAUUAACAGGUGUUGUAGAAGAGAUCUUAGAGAAUGCCAGGUCCAUUGUUUCAGCAUCUCGUGCAACUUUGUUCAUUUACGAUUCCAAUGAGAGAAUUACUAAACAAUUUGCGAAUAUCGGCAACGAAAUCAAGUACGGAACAAUGUUUGCUGAUAUAGUUGUAAACGAACGUGAAACAAAGAUCUUUUCUUCAAUGGAUAUCGCAAGACUUACCUCCAAAAAUGUCUUGGAAAGUGCCAUUGAAAAACUCAUGUCAGAACCACCUCCUGCAGAGAUCUUUUCCAGUUCGAAUCUAUCAACGCGUUCAUCCAAAUCGAACCUCUCCUUCCUGAGCAGUUCCAGUGACAACAACAACAGUGUUGCUCAGCAACAAAACGUCAACGAAUCAAUCUGUUCAAUACCUUUGAUGGACUCUUCUGGAAUCAUUUUAGGUGUCAUGGAGCUCGAAUGCAACUGGAAGAUCAUCAACGAGGAUAUGGACAUUCUCGAUUGUUUUGCUGUCUUCGCUUCUGUUGCUAUAGAACGCGCCAAUUUAAAGGACAUCGCAGAGCACGGACAAGUUGAAAUUGAUCUGAAGCAUUGGCUAACUGAAUCAGAAAGAGAUGGAUAUUCAGUUCCACAGUCAUUCCAGCUUCCUCAAGAGGUCAUCGAUGGAUUCUUCACUGUUAACUUCGAUGCCCCAAUGUGGGAUGGCAUUGGACACUUCAAAGUCAUCUUCAACAUUUUCCAUCAUUUCGGAGUUCUCCAGAUUUUCAAAGUGACAAAUGAAAAGUUCUUCAGAUUCUUGACAGCUUUGAGAGACAAGUAUAAAAAAGUUCCUUACCACAAUUGGAGACAUGCAGUCGAUGUCACUCAAUUCGUUACUUACGAGUUGAUAACAUCCGGCUACGACAAGAUUUUGUCUUCAUUUGAAUUGUACGGACUUUUAGUCGCUUGUUUAUGUCACGAUGCAAAUCACGACGGUUUCACAAAUGUUUACAACGUCAAAGCAGAAACUCCUUUGGGUAUUUUGUUCAAGAACCAGUCUGUCAUGGAAACACACCACUGCGCAAUUGCCAUUGACAUCAUUUCCAAGGAAGAAACUAACAUCUUCGCGUCAUUAAACCCAGCAGAAUACAAGAAGAUGUGGUCAUUGAUCAUCAACUUGAUUUUGAUUACAGAUAUGGCAAAACACUUCACAUUUCUCAAAGAAUUCAAUGGUCUCUUUGAUGCAGGAGAGUGGAAGCCAAAAGAGAAUCCACAGCACUUCCUGAUGCUAAUGCAGAUGCUCCUCAAAUGCGGAGAUAUCUCCAAUGUUUCGAGACCAUUCGAAUUGGCUGAUAAAUGGUGUGAUGUUUUGUGCGAAGAAUUCUUCAGACAGGGAGAUCUGGAACAGGCACAAGGCAUGAAUUAUACAUCAGAUUUGAAUGAUAGAGCACACUUGGAUAAACCAAAGUCACAGAUCGGUUUCUACACAUUCGUUUGCCUUCCUUUGUAUCAAGCAACUGCAAAAGCAAUUCCAAAAUUGCAAGUAAAUGUUGACCAAGUUAACUCAAACUUGGCUAUAUGGAAGAAGGCCCAGGAAGAUAAGAAGAAGGCUGAAGAAGAGGAAGAAGCAAGAAAGAAGGCUGCUGCUGAAGAAAACAAAUCUCAGGAAGAAGAAAAGAAAUAA